AUGAACGCGCUAGUUUUUGCUAUUGCUAUCGUCGGGUUGAGCGGAGCCCUAGCCGAAGAAAAUGGAGGCGAUGCCCACAAAAGAGUACCACGUACCUUGUUAAGAAAUAAACUGUGCUACAAAUUAGGUAUUUGUGGUGGAGAGCAUGGUGGGGGCUAUGGUGGUGGUUAUCAAAGUGGGUACCAAGGGGGCUAUCCAUAUCCACCAAUAAGCAUCGGCAUCAGUCAGUCGCAAUCUACUUCGAGCGCGGGAGGUCCCGGAUUCGGGGGUGGUUACUCUCCCAACAAUUAUCAAUAUAAUGGACAUUUCCCAUACCAAGGUCAUGGGGGCUUUGGCGGCAAUAGGCAAAGACCUGGAUACUACAACAACGGGUACGGCUCCCACAAUAACCAGUUCAAUGGGAAUUAUUACAAUGCCGGAAAUGGUUAUCCCAAUGCAGGCUACGAGGGCCACCAAGGAUCAUUUGGUGGUUUUCACGGCGGUUUUUACGGAGGUGAUUAUGCGAAUGGGCCAGAUUAUGGCGAUUAUGGUUUUAGACAAGUGGAUCAUUACAAGUCCGGUAGAAGCACAGAAUAG